ACAAAUAUUAAUUAAUAGUUGCCGACCCCUGACCUAACUAGCUACUAGAUCUAGAAUCUAGAUCUAGCUGUUAACACUAACGUAACUAGCUAGGUUGUAAACACAGAAAUGAGUCAAGUGAGUGGCAGUACAGCUGUUAGAUUCUGGAAGCCAGGCACCUCAGGUCCCGGGCUGUCAAAGCUGUCAGAAGAAAGAACUAUUAGCUCAGAUGUUACCUCCCCUUGCAUUGUCUACAACCCAUAUAAAAACUUGUCAAUUGAACAACAAAGACAAAAGUUGCCAGUUUUUCAGUAUCGUAAUCAAAUUUUGUAUCUGGCUGAAAAAUAUCAAACAGUCAUCAUCAUCGGGGAAACUGGAUGUGGCAAAAGUACACAGAUACCUCAGUACCUGUUGGAAGCUGGCUGGGCUACAGAUGGACAUGUGAUUGGUGUGACACAGCCAAGGAGAGUGGCUGCAGUAACGCUGGCUGCUCGUAUUGCAGAGGAGAAGGGAGUCAUACUGGGUGAUGAGAUUGGCUACCUCAUAAGGUUUGACAACAGCUAUGAUGAGGAGAAGACCAGAGUCAAGUUUAUGACAGAUGGCAUGAUGAUCAGAGAGAUAAUGAAAGAUCCUUUGUUACAAAAAUAUAGUGUCAUACUUUUAGAUGAAGCACAUGAACGAGCCCUAAACACAGAUAUUAUUUUAGGACUUUUAAGAAAGAUCCAAAAGAAACGAAAAGACUUAAGACUAAUUGUUGCUUCUGCAACAUUAGAUGCAGAGGAAAUGAGAAAUUUUUUUAACGACAAUGACACAAGUGAUCCUGAGAAAGACACAGCAGCCAUAAUGACAAUAGAAGGCAGAGAGUUCCCAGUCGAUAUUCAUUAUACUUUAGACCCAGUCCCCAACUACAUCAAAGCAGCCAUAGAAACAGUCAUGAAAAUACACAGGAACGAACCACCCGGGGAUAUCAUUGUGUUUUUUACUGGAAUGAACGAAGUGGAAGAGGCUGUGUAUGAACUUAUUGGUGAGGCUCGUAAGAUCAACAAAAACUCCAUGAAAAUGAGAGUUUUACCCAUGCAUGGGAGUUUACCUUCUGCUGAACAGAUGAAAAUCUUUGAAAGGAGCCACAAAAACACCAGAAAAAUUGUGGUGGCUACAAAUAUAGCUGAGACAUCUUUGACAAUACCAGGGAUAACGUAUGUGGUUGAUGCUGGCUUUGUUAAACUGAAGGCGUACAACCCAAAGUCUGGAAUAGAGAGCCUGGUGAUUGUUCCUGUGUCCCAGGCAUCAGCCAACCAACGAGCUGGGAGAGCUGGACGUGUUAGAGCAGGAAAGGCAUACAGACUGUACACAGAAGAGUCGUUUGAAAAGUUGCCACUGUCCACCACACCAGAAAUGCAGCGUUCUGAUCUAGCACCAGUUAUCCUGCAGCUCAAGGCACUGGGUGUCGCCAAUGUCUUAAGAUUUCAUUUUUUAUCACCACCACCUGCCCAAAACAUGGUCAGAGGUCUGGAACUGUUGUAUGCUUUAGGAGCUCUAGAUGAUGCUGGGAACCUGACCUCACCCCUGGGACUACAGAUGGUGGAGUUUCCUUUGUCCCCACAGUUUGCAAAGGUGCUCCUGUCUUCAGAGAAGUUUGGCUGCUCAGAAGAAGCCAUCAUUGUCUGCUCAAUGACUCAGAUCCAGAAUGUGUUUAUCACCCCAUCAGAUAAAAAACUUGCAGCAGAGAAAGACAAACACAAGUUCUCAGUGCUGGAGGGAGACCACUUGACUCUGGUCAAUGUUUACAAAGCUUUCAUCAAGAAUGGCCAGAGCUCUCGCUGGUGUCAUGACCACUGCCUCAACUACAAGGGACUGAAUCGAGCAGUGGAGAUCAGCAACCAACUGGGGAGGCUGCUGACCAAGUUCAAGGUCAAGAUGCUGUCCUGCAAUGAUAACACAGAGGCCUUGUGUAAGUGUAUACUGUCUGGGUUCUUUGCCAAUGUGGCCCACCUCCACUACUCUGGUGAGUACAGGACUGUCAGGGAUGACGUCAGCUUACACAUACACCCAACAUCUGUACUGGCAUCUCAGGAGCCACCUCAAUGGGUUUUAUUCAACGAAGUGAUUCAAAGCAAGAAAAACUUCAUGCGUGACAUCACAGUCAUUCAACCAGAAUGGCUGACAGAGUUGGCCCCACACUUUUAUCAGUUCGGCACAGAACGUGAGCUGGCAGCAAAAAGAGCUAGAUUAACUCUCUAGAAGUUAACCUUAAAACUAUGUUGAUUCAUGUUUGUUCAAUUCUCAUUGACAUAAUGUAAAUAAAGAUGUUUUUAUGAC